AUGGAGCAGAAAAACCAAAGCUUUGUGACUGAAUUUGUAUUCAUAGGUCUGUCCAGUGAGCCAACAGUGCAGACUAGUCUUUUUGUGGUGUUCCUGGUUUUCUAUCUGUUGACGAUAGUCGGGAAUAUCAUCAUAAUUACCGUGAUCAGAGCUGACCCUCAGCUCCACACCCCCAUGUACUUUUUCCUCAGCAACUUGUCCUUCUUAGACAUCUGCUACAUCUCCACCAAUGUCCCCCAGUUGCUGGUGAACCUUCCACCAGGCAUGACUGAGUGUGUCCUGCUUUGCGUCAUGGCCUACGACCGCUACGUGGCGAUAUGUCACCCACUGCACUAUGCUGUGAUCAUGAACAGGAAGCUCUGUGCUCAGAUGGCUGCCGCUUCCUGGAUCUGCAGUCUGUUGAGUUCCAUGGCAAUCAACAUUCUCACCCUACGGUUGCCAUUCUGUGGGCCUAACACCUUGAACCAUUACUUCUGUGAGGUGCCGGCUGUGUUGACCUUGGCUUGCACUGACACCUCCCUCACAGAAAUGGUGGUCUUCAUCUUCAGCAUACUCAUAGUCUUCCUCCCCUUCCUCCUGAUUGUCAUCUCCUAUGGCCACAUCCUCUCAGCCAUUGUGCGGAUCCAAUAUGCCCGUGGCAGGGCCAAGGCUUUCUCCACCUGUGGGUCCCAUCUGACUGUGGUGGCCAUCUUCUAUGGGACAGCCAUCUUCAUGUACAUGCGGCCCGAGUCGAAGUCCUCAAGGGGCAUGGACAAAAUAAUUGCUGUGUUUUAUACCAUCAUAACUCCUAUGCUCAACCCACUGAUCUACAGCCUAAGGAACAAGGAAAUGAAGGGAGCUCUGAAGAUAGCAGUUGGCCGACGAAGACUCUCAGAGGGGAUGUGA